AAAACAACAACACGAUUUCGGAUAUACUUACACGAUGCCGGCUAAACACUGUGCGUAUGGGAUCUGCCGAAGCGACAACCGAUACGGGGAGAGACCGGAGAUGGCCGGGGUUCAUUUUAUUUUAUUUCCUAAGUUCCACAAGGAGCCUGAGAAGUGUGCGAGGUGGGUUCGCGCUUGUUCGCGAGAUGGAUUCACAACAGACAAGGUCAACAAAUACACCUACCUAUGUUCCAAACACUUCGUUGGUGGGAAUGGUCCAUCGUUUGAACAUCCCGACCCUAUCCCGGCAACAUAUACAUCUGAUCAGGUGGUGCAUUUUUCCAAGAAGAGGAAGAACCCAGUGGAGAGACACCCUCUUCCAUCCAAGGUAUCCAGGUUGGACCCAACUUCGACAGCAGGUGAUGAUGGCCUAUCCUUGUUGGCAGUAUGUGCAGCUGACCACCCUUACACCUCAAGAAAGCAUCCAGAGGAUCAGGAGACAAUCUGUACUGAAUUGAAUGUCUGUGACAUUGAAGAGACUGCCUUGACUGAGCACAGUUCCAGUGAUGCUGCCUGCCAAGCUACAUGCCAUCAACUCAAGACAUGUCCAGCCAGGCCGAUUGCAUGGACAAAAGAUGACUCAGCAUCACUGCACACCUACUUUGGCGAUUUCCUUGUGGUGGGAGAACGAGGAACUGGUGACAACAAGGGCAAACUUCCCAGGAAAAUGGAAACAACGAGAUUUUUAGAUCUGUCGACACCAAGCUGCCUGCUUCAUCUGGACAAACAGGCCGCCUACAAAAAGGUGCGAAGCAAACUCUUCAAUGACAGGAAGACCAUUCGACAAAAUGUUACCAAACACCUACAGCAGUUGCUGUAA